AUGGAUAUUUUUGCCAUCCCUAUCUACCACUGCGUCGCCGUCGGGUGGUGCAACCGCAACCACUGGAGCGGGUUCGGGAACCAGCAGGGCGCGGGGCAGCAGCGGCAGCGGAGCCGCCGGUUCAUGGCGGAGGUGCUGGAAGGGCAGAGCAUGGAGAGCUCGACGGCGGAGCUGAUCCCGGCGUACAAAUUCUACAAAGGGAUGGGGCUGAUGAAGGAGGACGGCGGGACCUGCGCCAUCUGCUUGUGCGAGUUCGAGGAAGGGGAGGAAUUGAAGACGCUGCCGGAGUGUGUGCACUCGUUCCACGUUGGGUGUAUCGAUAUGUGGCUGUAUUCCCACUCCAAUUGCCCGAUGUGCCGGACCGACGCCGCGCCCUCGCCUCAGGUGUCGUUCCAGGAGGAGGAGGGCGACGGCGGCGCGGUGGAGGUCGGAGAUCGGAACUCGGGGGUUACGUUGGAGGGUAUUAUUGUACAUUCCCGGCCCGACGUGGUUAUUCAGGUCCGAUGA